CGGGCGAUCCGAGACUGCCUGGUGCUGGCUGCAUGGGGCGGCGGAGGCGCGGGGUGGAAGGGGCAGCCAAGGCUCUGCCUGAGGCUAUCGCUGCGCUGAGUCGGUCCCUGCCCGCUGGGCCCAGCCCCGAAAUCUUCCGCCGCGCAAAGUUUGACCGUCCAGAGGCGGCUCCAGUGCUCUGGCAGCUUCUCUUCCGAGUGCUCUCACCGCUUGCUGCAAAUAAUACUUGGACCGACCUUGCUCCAGAGGCCCAAGCCCGUGUGGUGAAGUCAGCACUGGGUUCCCAAGGCUACCCCAGGACUGCGCUGGUAGAGUUUCCUGCGGGCAAUUCUCAGGGAAGCCGGGAACUGCUGCUGGCCCUCUCCUGGCUCCUGGCGCGAGGACCCUUGCUUGAGCAACUGCUUGCCCAGACCCGUGUGCAGUUGGGUGACCAGUUGCCCCAGUGUGAGUGUGAGGCCCUGGCCAGCCCUAGUCAUCCUGCACCCCAUGUGGAAACAGAGAGUCCAGUGGAUCUCCGACUAGUGGAGUGGCUGAUGGGAAAGCUGCGGUUUAGGUGGCGGCGCCUGAUCUCCAGUCAACAGGAACAGUGUACCCUCGUCAGCAAGAUCCACCUGUACACCCACGGAUGUCACAGCCAGCAGAGCCUUGGCCAUCUCUCUGUGGCUGAAACAGAGAUGCUCAGAGACCCAGAGAGCAGCCAGCAGCUUCUGCAGGCAUUGGAGAUCGAGAACAUGCGCCUGGGGGCAGCUCUGGAGUGGCGGCGCUGUGAGCUGGUCUUCUGGCAGUGGAUGGAUACAGUUCUGGAUGCCUGUUCGUCAGAGAGUCCUGCUGUGACCUCACGGCCCACAGUCUUCCCCAUGAUCUCUGAACGUGGGCUUAGUGAGCUGGAGUUGGUGAAGCAAGACUUGCAGGCCCUGCAGGAGGUGCUACAGGAGGUGACUGAGACCCGGCGGGCGGCGUGGGAAGCCCAGAUUGGAGGCCUAGGUCAGGGGCCAGAGUGGAGCACCACAAAGAAGGCCUUGCAGGAGGCUGUGGAACAGGAGUUGGUCGCCCUGCAGGGGUCCUGGGAGCCAUCCAGUAACCCUGUCCAGCCACAAAGACCCCAUCGACUGGUGAGAUGUAAGGAGGAGUCACCAAGGCCCCAAGGCCUACAGGCAGCCGAGGUGAUCAGGACACUGAGCGCCCAGGAGGCCUGUCUGACGAAAGUGCUGCAUCAGCUACAGAAUCAGUGUCGGCAGGAGCUGGCCAGGGUGGCUAGUGCUCUGCCUGGAUUGAUUUGGAUUCUGGCUCCUGGUCACUGAGGACCUCAAGAUGUGCCCACCUGUGUAGAGGGCUUUGUAGGGUCUCAGAGGAGCAGACUGGGGCUGGCAUGGAAGCAGAGGUCCAGGCCAUGUUUUCUUCCUAGGACCAGGGCCCUUUUUGCCUACAGUUUGGAGUCACCAUAGGCUGGUCCUCCUGAGAAGUUUGGAGGGGACCUGUUUAUACAUGGUAGAGCUGUCUUUGGGGACACCAGGCUGCUGCCCUCUUCCACUGUCCCUUUAACUUCCUCUUGGGACACUGGGAUGUUCGUGGUGCAUGGUUGGCACUGUGCUGGGAUCACACAUGCCCCACAGUGCAGGCAGUAUUGGGCCUCCCCUGAGUGGAAUGGCCCUGGUUGUUUCCCUGCGCCUCCUUAGACUCUGGCUGGACGCCUCCUGCAGCAGAGCCUCUUGUACUGGGCCAUGGCUGUGCCUGGUGUGUGUGUG